AUGCACCGUAUUCUGCUCACGACUAGACGGACCGGGAUACGAAGUCUACCAUACACCAACUUCGACACACCACUUGCCUUGCCGCCGCCGACCAACCCUGCCUGGCCACGAUUCCAGACCCUGGCCAAGACACGCUCACGCUCCAUCGCCAACUCCAACAAAGGCAAGACCAACGCAAGCUCUGGCAACCUCUACAACUCCGGCUCGAUCACGGAAGAUAUUCACAAGCUUGGCCGUAUAAGUCGCAGCUUCUUCCGUACAGCCAAACCUCGUCGCGCAUUCUCUGGCGCUUCCAUUCCCACGACCGCGACCAACUGCAUCAUGAACGGCGCCAAGGUUACCCGCUCCAAGCGCAAGGCUCCCACCAGCCCCGAGGGUCUGCGCCCGAACAAGCAGCAUCGUGCAUUAAACGGCAAGUUCUCUGCAGGCGAUAACACCCCUGACGUCGAACACGAUGAGCCGGUCUACGUCGAGGAGGACGAGUACGACGACGAGGAGGUUGCUCGGCUGAACCCCAUGUUCCCGGCUACGCAAGAGCCCGAGGCGUGGCAGCAUACCAUCGAGAACGUCAUUAGCAAUGUUGUCUCGAUCAGGUUCUGCCAAACUUGUUCUUUUGAUACAGAUCCAGCUCUGACGAGCGAGGCCACUGGUUUCGUCGUCGACGCUGAGAAAGGAUACAUCCUGACGAAUCGUCAUGUUGUUGGCUCCGGACCCUUCUGGGGCUUUGUCGUCUUUGAUAAUCACGAGGAGGUCGACGCCUACCCGGUCUACCGCGACCCCGUCCACGAUUUCGGCAUCCUACGGUUCGACCCCAAGGCCCUUCGCUACAUGGAUAUCCAGUCGCUGCAGUUGCGACCAGACUUGGCCAAGAUUGGUGUCGAAAUUCGAGUCGUCGGUAACGAUGCCGGAGAAAAGCUCAGUAUCCUGUCCGGUUUCAUCUCGCGUCUCGACCGCAACGCGCCCGAGUACGGAGAGGGGUACAGCGACUUCAACACCUGCUACUACCAAGCCAACGCCGCAGCAAGCGGCGGCAGUUCCGGCAGUCCUGUUGUCAACAUUGACGGUUUCGCAAUCGCUCUGCAGGCUGGCGGUCGCAGCGACGGCGCGUCGACCGACUACUUCUUGCCGCUGGACAGGCCACUGCGUGCCCUGCAAUGUAUUCAGGAGGGAAAGCCGGUCACGCGAGGCGAUAUUCAGUGCCACUGGCUGUUGAAGCCGUUCGACGAGUGUCGACGCCUCGGCCUGACCCCUGAAUGGGAGGCUCUCGCGCGCAAGACCUUCCCCAAGGAGAACAACAUGCUCGUUGCUGAGAUUGUGCUGCCUGAGGGACCAUCCCACAACAAGAUUCAGGAGGGUGAUAUCUUGAUCAAGGUGAAUGGCGAACUGGCAACCCAAUUUGUCCGACUAGACGACAUCAUGGACUCGAAUGUGGGCAAGACAAUCCAUCUACAGAUCCAGCGUGGGGGCGAGGACAUGGAGGUUGACAUUGAAGUCGGCGAUCUGCACGCCAUCACCCCUGACCGGUUCGUGUCUGUCGCGGGCGCCAGCUUCCACGACCUAUCUUACCAGCAGGCGCGUCUCCAUGCCGUGGCCUGCAAGGGCGUUUUUGUGUGCGAGGCAACGGGGUCUUUCCGUUUCGAUAGCGCAGACAACGGCUGGCUCAUCCAGAGUGUGGCCGGCAAGAACACGCCCGAUCUCGAUACGUUUGUCGAGGUGAUGAAAGAGAUUCCUGAUCGCCGCAGGGUCGUCGUCACCUAUAAGCACCUUCGUGACCUGCAUACUCUCAACACGACCGUCAUCAAUGUCGACAGGCAUUGGUCGGCCAAGAUGAAGAUGGCGGUGCGAAAUGACGAGACUGGUCUUUGGGACUUUUCCGAUCUGGGUGAUGCUUUGCCUCCUGUUCCGACUGUACCUCAGUCUGGCUCCUUCAUCCAGCUCGAGUACACAUCAAACCCUGCCGUUGCCGACUUGGUCCGCAGCUUUGUGCUUGUCAACUGCACCAUGCCGGUCAAACUGGACGGCUUCCCGAAGAAUCGCAAAUGGGGCAUGGGUCUCGUGAUAGACGCUGACAAGGGCCUCGUCAUCAUCUCGAGAGCUGUUGUCCCCCAUGACCUUUGCGAUGUGACGGUCAGCAUCGCCGAUACAAUUUUCGUGGACGGCAAGGUGGUUUUCCUGCAUCCGCUACAAAACUAUGCCAUCAUCCAGUACGACCCAAAACUUGUAGAUGCGCCUGUGCUGAGCGCCAAGCUGAGCAGCGAGCCCAUCUCUCAGGGAGCGUCCACCAACUUUAUCGGUUACAACAGACUGGGCCGCAUCGUGCAUGCGACGACAACAGUGACGGAGAUUACACCAGUGGCGAUUCCUGCUAAUUCGGGAGCGCCGCGGUACCGCGCUGUCAAUGUUGACGCCAUCACUGUCGACACGAGUCUCAGCAGCCAGUGUGGCAGCGGCGUUUUGGUCGCAGCUGAUGGUUCUGUGCAGGCUCUAUGGCUGACGUACCUCGGAGAGCGCUCGCCGGUCAGCAACCGCGACGAGGAGUACCAUCUUGGUCUCGCGACACCGACACUGUUGCCAGUGAUCUCUCAGAUUCAGCAGGGUGUCCUGCCCAAACUCAGACUGCUCCCUGUGGAGUUCCGUGCCAUCAAGCUUUUGCAGGCGCGUGACAUGGGCGUCUCGGACGAGUGGAUUCGCAAGGUCACCGAGGCCAACAAGACGCACCACCAGCUCUUCAUGGUCAGCAACCGCACCUUUGAGCGCAAGGAGCAGCCCGGCGCGCUGCUCGAGGGCGACAUUGUCCUCAGCCUCAAUGGCAAGGUGAUUACGAGGGUGUCAGAGCUCGACGUCAUGUAUUCGCACGAGGUUAUCGAGGCUGUCGUCGUGCGGGUGAAGCAAGAAAUGACGAUUCAGGUGCACACGUCGGCCGCGGACGACGUCGAGACGGACCACGCCGUGUCGUUCUGUGGAGCCGUCCUCCAGAGGCCGCAUCAUGCCGUCAGGCAGCAGAUCAGCAAGCUGCACAGCGAGGUCUACGUCUCGGCACGCACGAGGGGCUCCCCUUCGUACCAGUACGGCCUUGCCCCCACCAACUUCAUCACCCACGUCAAUGACAAGCCGACGCACGACCUGCAGGCCUUUCUCGCCGCGGUGGAAAACAUCCCGGACAAUACUUAUUUCCGCCUAAGAGCCUGCACGUUCGACUGUGUGCCGUGGGUCAUCACGAUGAAGAAGAACGAGCACUACUUCCCGACCAUGGAGUGGAUCAAGGACGCGUCGGACCCUUCGGGCUGGCGACGCAAGACGUACGAGCACGGCAAAGUGUUUGACGGCGAGACCGUCGACGGCAUCAACGCCGCCACGGGCGAGGACGCGGAUAUGGGCGAGGAGGACAUAUUGCCGGCCUGA